AUGACGGGCCGCGUGUGCCGCGGCUGCGGCGGCACGGACAUCGAGCUGGAUGCGGCGCGCGGCGACGCCGUGUGCACCGGCUGCGGCUCGGUGCUCGAGGACAACAUCAUCGUGUCCGAGGUGCAGUUCGUGGAGAACAGCGGCGGCGGCUCGUCGGCCGUGGGCCAGUUCGUGUCGCUGGACGGUGCCGGCAAAGCCCCAUCCCUGGGCGGAGGCUUCCACGUGAACCUGGGGAAGGAGUCAAGAGCGCAGACACUGCAGAACGGACGGCGCCAGAUCCACCACCUGGGGAGCCAGCUGCAGCUGAACCAGCACUGCCUGGACACGGCCUUCAACUUCUUCAAGAUGGCCGUGAGCAAGCACCUGACCCGCGGCCGGAAGAUGACCCACGUGAUCGCCGCCUGCCUCUACCUCGUGUGCCGCACCGAGGGCACGCCGCAUAUGCUCCUGGACCUCAGCGACCUGCUCCAGGUGAACGUGUACGUGCUGGGGAAGACGUUCCUGCUGCUGGCGAGGGAGCUCUGCAUCAACGCGCCCGCCAUCGACCCCUGCCUCUACAUCCCGCGCUUCGCCCACCUGCUGGAGUUCGGCGAGAAGAACCAUGAAGUGUCCAUGACGGCCCUGCGGCUCCUGCAGCGGAUGAAGCGGGACUGGAUGCACACGGGCCGGCGCCCCUCGGGCCUCUGCGGGGCAGCGCUGCUGGUGGCGGCCAGGAUGCACGACUUCCGGAGGACGGUCAAAGAGGUCAUCAGCGUGGUCAAGGUGUGCGAGUCCACGCUGCGGAAGAGGCUCACGGAAUUUGAAGACACGCCCACCAGUCAGCUGACCGUGGACGAGUUCAUGAAGAUCGACCUGGAGGAGGAGUGUGACCCCCCGUCGUACACGGCUGGCCAGCGGAAGCUGCGGGCGAAGCAGCUGGAGCAAGUCCUGUCGCGGAAGCUGGAGGAGGUCGAAGGGGAGAUCUCCAGCUACCAGGACGAGAUCGAGACCGAGCUCGAGAACAGCCGGCCCAAGGCCAAGGGGGCGCUGGCCAGCCUGGCGAGAGACGGCGCCGCCGAGGACAGCACGGCCAGCUUGUUUGGCGAGGAGGACGCCGAGGACGAGGAGCUGGAGGCCGCGGCCAGCCACCUGAACAAGGACUUCUACCGGGAGCUGCUGGGCGGCGGCGGUCCUGGCGGCACGGAGGCCGCGGGCAGCCCCAGCGGGAGCGGCCAGCCGCCCGCCCUGGAGUCCCUGCUCGGGCCCCUGCCCACCGCGGCCAGCCUGGGCAUCUCGGACUCCAUCCGGGAGUGCAUCUCCUCGCAGAGCCAGGAGCCCAAAGACGCUUCUGGGGACGGCGAGCUGGACCUCAGCGGCAUCGACGACCUGGAGAUCGACAGGUACAUCCUGAACGAGGCCGAAGCCCGCGUGAAGGCUGAGCUGUGGAUGCGGGAGAACGCCGAGUACCUGCGGGAGCAGAGGGAGAAGGAGGCCCGCAUCGCCAAGGAGAAGGAGCUGGGCAUCUACAAGGAGCAGAAGCCCAAGAAGCCCUGCAAGCGCAAGGAGCCGAUCACGGCGAGCACGGCCGGCGAGGCCAUCGAGAGGAUGCUGGAGCAGAAGCGCAUCUCCAGCAAGAUCAACUACAGCGUGCUGCGCGGCCUGGACAGCAAGGCCGGGGCAGCGCGGCCGGACGCCGGGCCCGAGGACAGGGCCGCGGCCCGCAGGCUGCCGCGGAGGAGGAAGCCGGCCGGCCGGAGCGGGGCCGGCCCCGCGGCCAGCGUGGGCAAAAGGUUGAGGCCAAUGGUGUCCGCCCAGGCAGCUAAGAAGGCAGCUGUGGGAGAGACCCCGCCCCCCAACGCCCCCGCCCGUGGCUGUGCCCCGGGGAGGCCCGCGGACGUGCUGGUGGAGAGCGGGCCCGUGGCCUACCACCCCGAGGAGGACGCCGAGGAGGAGGACCCCGACGCCGAGGAGGACGGGGAGCCCUGCGUCAGCGCCCUGCAGAUGAUGGGCGGCAGCGAUUACGGCUGUGACGGUGACGACGAUGACGGCGACGGCUACUGA